GAAAGAAAAUGCCUGAACCCGCCAAGUCAGCGCCCAAGAAGGGCUCGAAGAAAGCCGUGACUAAGACCGCCGGCAAGGGCGGCAAGAAGAAGAGAAAGACUAGGAAGGAGAGCUACGCCAUCUACGUGUACAAGGUGCUGAAGCAGGUGCACCCCGACACGGGCAUCUCUUCCAAGGCCAUGAGCAUCAUGAACUCGUUCGUCAACGACAUCUUCGAGCGCAUCGCCGGUGAGGCGUCCCGCCUGGCUCACUACAACAAGCGUUCGACCAUCACGUCGAGGGAGAUCCAGACCGCCGUGCGCCUCCUGCUUCCCGGUGAGCUGGCCAAGCACGCCGUGUCCGAGGGCACCAAGGCCGUCACCAAGUACACCAGCUCCAAGUAAACUGUCCUGCUGUCAAGCAGCAACCCAACGGCUCUUUUCAGAGCCACACAUCUCUUCUUAGAGCAGAUUUAAAAAAACUAACAAACUUCAAAAUCCUGACUUUACGAAGUUUGUGUGUUUUAAAUGUACUGAUAGAACAUAUCUGCCUGUAUAUCACUACACGUACAUGUUUCCAAGUUGCACAUAAUGUUGUCAACAAUUUAAAUGUUUGUUCAGUGGCUCUCAUUAAGCUUUCAGAGUGAUCUAAAAUACAGAUGUUUGCUCUCUAACAUGGUUUCCUAACAGACUGUACAUGACAGAUUUCCUUUUAGGUUGAACAUGUAACAGCCCUGCUGGCUGUUUUGUCUUAUUUGUGCUGUUUGGUAACAGUUUUUUUUUUGUACCAUAGCAGCUCAUUGACACACAGGAAGUGAAUAAAAUGGCAGAGUGCUGCCAGAAAAUGUAAAUCAUAAAAUUUCAGAAAAGAUGCACUUUUUAUUUGGAUCUCCACCAGUUUAUAUUUAAAUAUUUCUAUUGUACUCAAAUUUGGCUUCUCAGUAAGUAGAUACUUUAACAGGAGUUUAUUUGAAAUUUGGCCCAUUACACACAAAUGUUUGCAUAUAUAACUUUCUUAAUUCAUGGCACUGCCACCAAUUUAAAAAAAGUUUAACUUUAAAACUGAAAAGUUUAAUAUAAAAUAUUGUAUUCAGUGCUUUAUGCUGUUAUUCCAUGUCAUAAUAUUCCUCUUAUACAAUCAACUUUUCCUUCUGACUUUUAGAUGCUGGUUUCCUGUUUCACUGUGUCACUUGUGUAAACUUUCACCAGAACUCCUCUUUUCUAUUAAAUGUUUAUUUUGGAUUGUAA